CAAGCUCCUCCGACGUUUUCCCAAUCGGCUGCUCGUCCUUCAUCGCGCCCCCAUCCUUCAGCGUUUGUUUGUGUUGCCCCGCCCUGGUCUAUCACCUGCAUCAGCCAAUCACCAUGAGCUCUCUCCGACAACUCCUUUCUGCCGCUACUUAUCAGCUCGACGCGCAGCCUCUUCGAGUCAAAGUUUGCCCCCGACCCCGCGGAAAGCCUUCGACCUACUCGCCAGUGGACCCCAUCAAUCUCGACUUGUCUUCAGUUAGGUCUCUCUUUCACCUCACCCAAACCGAAGCUGCUGAAACUCUCGGGAUCUCUCUUUCCUCCCUAAAAUCCGCUUGCCGUCGUAUGGGUAUCAGAAAAUGGCCGUACAACCGAAGAAGUCAGUGCACAGCAAGAAGGAACAAGGGAGAAUCCAAUGGCUCGCCGAUGCCCGAACGAGAACCCACGGAUGAUGAUAGCCUUUCCUCGUACAGAAAACCUUACUGGACAGAGACUAGUAUCGAAGAGUUGCUAGAAGAGUCUUUAAUGCACGUCAUGGGACAUCUUUCACGAUAAGGAGACUCUCCUCUAUACCCCUCCGAGCGAUUUGACUUGAAAGCAACGCAAAUGAUGGUAAUAUCGACAUUCGAAAAACUUAAUCUGUGAUACAUGUUUUACAUUUGAAUAAACAACAACAAAUGCC